AUGAAGACUUUUAUAGAACAUUUGGAAAAAAACUCUAAUCCAAAUGUUAUUGUGAGCUCGUUAUUUAUAUUUUUAAACCGUUAUCUAGAAUUGCCUGUGGUGGAGUUUGUAUACUCACUAAGGAAAGAUUCAUAUUUCUCCAUAGAAUUAGGAAUUAAAAUUUAUGAUGAAUUAAUGAAGAUAAAAUGGAACGAAAUUACUACCGAUGAACAAUGCUUAUAUAUGGUACGCAAUGCCUAUAUGCAUGCACGUAAUAGACAAUAUCUACAUUCACAUUUUUGUGAGGUUCCCAAUGAUGUUUGUACAAAAUAUGAGAAUGCUAAAGAUGACACAGAAAAGGAAACAAUUAUUCAAGAACUCGCCGACUUUGAUUCAACAAAUAAAGGGCCAAAAAUUAAUUUAUCUAACGACCCACUUCCGACAGAAAUUAGCACAAUCAUUGAUACACAAG